AUGACACGCUGCUCUGCUCGGAGAAAGAAUUCCACGAUGCCGCGAAGCGUAAUGACACGGCCAGGAUGGAGGAGCUGAUCCGGAGAGGGGUGGACAUCAAAGCCAAAAACAAUAUAGACAGAACUGCUCUGCACUGGGCCGCUGGAGCUGGGCACGAGCAAGCUGUGCGGCUGCUUCUGGAGCACGACAUGGCGCUGGAUGAUGAAGACCAUUUUGGAAUGAAUGCGCUUCUCCUCUCGGCUUGGUUCGGCCACCUGCGCAUCCUUCAGAUCCUUGUCAAUGCUGGGGCCAAGGUCACCUGUGUAAAUAAGCAUGGUAGGAACCUGCUCCACUGCGCGGCCCAGAGAGGUCACGUCAAGGUGAUGGAGUUCAUCGUGGAGGACCUGGAGAACGUGCGCGUGGACAAGACAGACAAGAUGGACAGGACGGCCUUUCACCUGGCUGCAGAGCACGGGAGGCUGGAGGCGGUGGAAUUCCUGAUCAGAGCGGGGUGUUCCCGCAGCGUGAAAGACAAGGAAAAGAAUACAGCCCUACAUUUAGCUGCUAAAAAUGGGCAUUUGGCGGUGCUACAGAAGAUUGUCGGUGUUGGAGUGGACCUGGAUGAAAAGAACGUGGAAGGACAAACUGCCCUGCACUCGGCUGCUGACGGAGGGCAUUACGACUGCAUAAAGCUCCUCUUGGAAGCUGGUUGCAAUGUCAACCUCCAAACCCAAAAACAGAUGAACUGCCUUCAUUAUGCUGCACUGCACGGCUAUGAAGAUAUAGCCCGGGUCCUUGUGGAUGCUGGAAUCCAUGCAGAGGCCGUCAAUCACCAAAAUGCCUCGGCUGUGCACAUAGCGGUGCUGCACAACUUCCCAGCCCUGGUUAAACUCCUCAUCGAUGCAGAAUGUGACCUGGACAUCCCAGAUAACAGGCAGCAGACCGCACUGCAUAUUGCUGCAGAACAUGGGAGACAAGACAUAGCUGAGAUGAUUCUCAUAGCAGGCGUUAACUUAAAGCUAAUUGAUAAGCAAGGGAAAACCUCUCUGGAUGUAGCAGCCCGGGGAAACCACAUCAACUUAGCAGAUAUGAUUAUUAAAGCAGAUCGGUUUUACAAAUGGGAAAAGGACAAUCUGAACAGCGACUCAGACUCCUGGAUAGCAAAACACUUGACCUUUAAGCAAGAUCACAGGCUGGAAACGCAACACAUUCGCUCGGUGAUGUGGAGAUUAGCUACAAAAUACCUCAAACCCAAUGAAUGGAAGAAGCUGGCACAGUACUGGAAAUUCACUGAUGCACAUAUUCGAGCCAUUGAGCAGCAGUGGACAGGUACUAAAAGCUACAGGGAACAUGGCCACCGGAUGUUGCUUAUUUGGCUUCAUGGUGUUGUUAUGGCAGGAGAAAAUCCAAUCAAAGGAUUAUAUGAAGGCCUGGUUGGAAUUGGUAGAAGAGACUUAGCAGAAAGCAUUAGGAAAAAAGCAAAUGCAGACGCCACUUCUCCAAGGAAGUGUACAGCAAUGUAACCACCAAACGGGGAUUGUUGGUCCCCUGUAUGAUGCUGCAUCAGAAGACUUUCCUAGAGCUAUACUGAUUGGAACUGGAAUCAUUCUAUUUAUCAAAAGGCAGCCAUAACUUAAGGGCUUUUUGUCAUAAUAAAUGGCACGUCUGCUACUUCCAACUGAUCAGACAGACAAGGUACAGCAGCAGAUGCUAGUAACCAACUGCCUCUUUCUACAAGGGCAGGGUUGUAUUUGCUGUUGAGCAGAACCUGGUCACUGUAAUAGCAGCUCAGUGGACAAAUCUCGUUACAGUGCUAGUAACGUUGAUGCUCAUUUCUACCGUUUAACUUGUUUACGUUGUUUUGUAUGUAGUUUUUUAAUUGUCUAUUUUAUAAGUUAAUGAAGGGAGAUUCCUUUGUUUUUAAAUUGUAGCGUAAUGUGUUCUGUAUCCAAACAUCUAGGCUCUUUUUUGUCCAUGUCACCUGUGGUUUAUUAUCCAGUAGGUUUGCUCAGAACUGCUUACUUGCUGGCAUAGGUAUUUUGAGAAAGUUACGUGGACUGUCCUCAAGUGAGCAGAUUUUGGACCUCAGCCUUGAAGGUUUCCCUUUAGCAGGUAUUUGGUGAGGCUACACCUUAUAUAGUUUUGUAUACUGUUUCAGUACAGAAGAGGUAAUCAUCUGUUGUUCAUACCACCUCUGACAAAGGGCACACUUUCUUAAACAAGAGUUUGUCAUGUGAAGUUUUGUAACUUUUUAAAACAAUGCUGAAGGAAAAAAUAAAGUGUUUUCCAAUAAGCCAGGAUACCUUUUCCCUUAAAGUAAGGGUUGGGUUUUUUAACCUAUUGUUCCUACUCUUACAAAUGAUAUCACCAUGAUUCACAGGCAGUCUGACAACACCUGCCUAAUACAAGUUGGAAACUAUCACUGAGGCAGUUUAAUUGUUCAAAGCAAAUCCAAAGGAAAGAAUACCCUUUGAUAUCAUAGCUGUUAUGGCAACUAUGCACUGCUGUUUACACCCACGGACAGCUUUGAAGGAUCAUGUGAAGUUACAGCAAUUCUGUUUAAUAAGAAAAAGCAACUUAUUGAAACUGAAGUUUUAUUGAAAACCAUUAUUACAGCUUGCAAGAAAGUUAAAAAUUGUAAUGCUUUCAUUUCAGUUAGAAAUAGUAACUAACUUGCAACUCAACAUAUAAAGCAAAUAAGUGAUGGCAAAAUUGGCACUUCAUCAUUUUUAAACCAAGUAGUCAACAAAACCAUGAGCAGGCACUGAAGUACACAACCUGUUUAUGCGAUAUAUACAGCUAAAUGAAAACAUAAAACGAAAUACUGUUCCUAUUAAGAACAGGACAGUGAAGACUUUGGUAGCAAAAAUGUGUCUCAGUUUUUAAAAGUGUAGUCCUCAAAGAUACUUCCUUAAAUUCAGAGACUAAAAGUUAAACAAAACUAUCCUGUUACACUGUUGCAGUCAACUGUCUUCAGCUGUGUUUCAUUGAAUAGCUCAGUUCUGUUGGGAGUUACACAGUGAUAACCGGUAAAUGUAAGGAGGAGG